AUGAUCGCUUUUAUAGACGAUCAUUUUAUCGGAUCACCAACGACCAGACUCAGAAAGUUUUCCGUGGAUCUGACGUUCCAAAAAGCUCGCUGCGUUCUGCAUCGAAAAUUCUUCGUAGUAUCGAAGACAACAGCCUCAUAUCCAUACCCAUAUUCUGCGAAGACCUGCGUCGAAUCCUCCAUGCGUAUCCUCCAAUCCCAGAUCCUCAUGGACCGCGAAAUAAACGUCGGCCAUCCUCUCGACGGCCACAGAUGGAAGACAUCCUCCCUCAUAUCGCACAAUUUUCUGCUCGCAGCAAUGCUUAUCUGUCUGUACGUUGAGAUCAGUAUUGUUGAGAAUACUGCAAGUCAAGGACGCGCAAACACAAGUAUACGAAUCAAAUGGACGCAAGAGGAAACGAUAAAUGCUUUGCAAGGGUUGUACAAGAUAUGGGAGGAGCGGAGCGCAGUUUCUAAGGAGGCUUUGAAGGCUUCGAAGGCGCUGAAAGUUACGUUGGCGAAAGUAAGGGCUCAUGAGCCGGUGAUGGGAAGGGGUAUGAAUACCUCGCAAGGUGUUGGGCCUUCUGCGACAGCGGCUGAAAAUGGUGCGGGCAUGAUGCAAUCGCAUCCCAGUCAGCAUAACCCAUCGAACAUUUAUUCCCAAAGCUCAUCGAUGUUCGGAGUUUUCUCGCCAUUUUGGACAUCAGGAUAA